AUGGCAGCGACAAUGGCGGUGAUGACGACGGUGACCAAGAGCAAGGAGAGCUGGUCCCUGCAGCUCCCAAAGCUGGCUCUCCCUUGGAAGCCACUAGACGGCAAGACCGAGCUAGAGUUCCCUCGUCGGGCGAUGUUCGCCAGUGUCAACCUCAGUGCAUGCUCAGGAGUUGCGCCAGGGCGCGACCCGCUAGAGCACAACACGAAGGCUCGUCCUGCUGACAACUGCGACAUCGCACGCCAACUUGGCGUCACCGUGCCGGGGGAACAUGAUAGGGAGGAUAUGGAGGAGGUAGCGAAGAAGAAGAAGAAGGGUGGCAAGAAGCAGCUAGUGGGCGGUCUGAGGAAGGUAAGGGUCAAGAUCGCCAACCCGCAUCUGCGACGCCUGGUUAGCGGUGCCAUCGCUGGUGCAGUGUCGAGGACGUUCGUGGCGCCGCUGGAGACGAUCCGUACACACCUUAUGGUCGGCUGCAUCGGUGCCAACUCCAUGGCUGGGGUGUUCCAGUGGAUCAUGCAAAACGAGGGGUGGACGGGCCUAUUCCGCGGAAAUGCUGUCAACGUUCUUCGUGUCGCUCCUAGCAAGGCUAUAGAGCAUUUCACCUAUGACACGGCCAAGAAGUUUCUAACCCCCAAGACUGACGAGCCACCAAAGGUCCCGAUCCCCACGCCACUGGUCGCUGGAGCUAUGGCAGGAGUUGCCUCUACCUUGUGCACCUAUCCCAUGGAGUUGAUCAAGACCCGGGUUACCAUUGAGAAGGAUGCAUACGACAAUGUGGCACACGCGUUCGUGAAGAUCCUGCGUGACGAGGGCCCGUCGGAGCUGUACCGCGGGUUGGCGCCAAGCCUGAUCGGCGUGGUGCCGUACGCAGCCUGCAACUUCUACGCCUACGAGACGCUUAAACGGCUCUACCGCCGCGCGACCGGGCGACGCCCUGGCGCAGACGUGGGCGCGGCGGCUACGCUGCUCAUUGGGUCGGCGGCUGGCGCCAUCGCGAGCACAGCCACGUUCCCGCUAGAGGUGGCACGCAAGCAAAUGCAGGUGGGCGCCGUGGGUGGGAGGCAGGUUUAUCGUCACGUCUUGCAUGCCAUGUAUUGCAUCCUCAAGAAGGAGGGCGCCACCGGCCUGUACCGCGGCCUGGGUCCUAGCUGCAUCAAGCUCAUGCCUGCCGCCGGCAUCUCCUUCAUGUGCUAUGAGGCUUGCAAGAAGAUCCUAGUCGACAAGGAGGAUGAGGAGGAAGAGGACGAAGGUGAUGAAGCUGGUGUCGGGGACAAGAACAAGGUAGCAUGA